AUGGGCGUGCCGUCGGAUUCCGAUAGCGCGUCCAGCAUUAUGAGUGUGGCGAGCGCGGUGAGCGUAAACUCUAAACGCUUACGCAAACGCCCGAGAGAGAGUGCAGAUUCAGGGUCGGACUCGGCGCUGAGCGACACAGCGGUGCCGGCCCCCAAGGUCGGUGCCAAAAAAGGAGGGAGAGGUAGGCCCGCUACUACCGGCAAAUAUGCCGGUAUCGGCCUAUCCAGGCGUGAGGCUGCGGCUGCAAUGAAGGCCGCAGCAGUCGCCGAAAAAUUAGAGGAGGACGAGCGGCAGAUUGCGGCUCUAACGAAAAGGGUGACGGAAGGGAGAGUCACUCGCCUGUCGGAGUCGAUGACAUCUGCCGUCUCUGAUAUGGGAGUCGAGGCAGAAGAGCUACCUGCCUCCAACCUAAAUGAAAGAGUGGCCGACGCGGUUGCAGCCAUAAGAAGGGUAAGCAAGGUCUCUAAAGGACUUAGCGGCUGCAGCCAGAAAGCACUUAAGGAGGCCACGGCCUCCAUUCUGGAAAGUGCUCAGGUGCUUUUGACCCGCACCACAUCAGAAGAGACGGCGCUGCUGCGGGCCCAGAACGCAAAGCUCGAAGCGCAAAUGGCGGAGCUCCGCAAGGAGCACGAGGAGCUCAAGGCGGAGAUGGCCAACUUCCGGCGCGAGCACCUCAGGCGGGAGGUGGGCCUUCCACACGCAGCGCCGCAACCGCAAUUGCAGUUGCCGUCACAGCCGUUGGAGCAGCAGUCGCCACAGGAGACGGAGUUGGCUCGCCUGAUCCGUCAGGAGAUGGCGAGUUUCAACGCGCGCUUCUCGGUGCUUGAGGGGAGGAUUCUACGCCCCCCCCUAGCUGUAGACCAACGCAGCACACCGGCGCCGACAUAUGCGAGCCAAGCCGCAGCGCCCCGUGCCGCCCAACCGGCACAAGCAGCUGCUGCCGCACAAAAAAGGAGUGUUCGAACUGCCGCCUCGCCAAAGGAAACGGGGCCUAAAUCAAAAAGGCAGUUAAAAAAAGAGGCUAAACUGGCCAAAAAGGCAGGUGCUACGGCUGCUCCGCCUACACAAACUGCUAGACCAUGCCACAGUUUUAAAGUAUGUAAAUAUUGUGGUAAGCGAGGUCAUCACUCUCUGUUACAUGAUAUAGAGUGUAAUAACAAAAAGAAAGAGUCCAAGGUGCCUGAAAAUAACAGCUUAAUGAAACCCUCCACAAGCAAAGUGGCGAAUAAAACUAUGUCGAACAAUUCGACAACUACUAUAAAUAUACCUACAAUAACGCUACUGGCUACGGCCUUAGUGCAAGCGAAAACGAACGACGGCACACCUCAAUUACUAAGAGUGUUAUGUGACCAAGGAUCUGAGGCAUUGUUUUACACCGAAGAAGUAGCACAACUACUAUCAUACCCUCGCAGCAAGAUACAAAGCGAAAUUUAG